UGUUUACAAAAAAUUUUUUACAAAAGUUAAAUUGAAUUUAAAUCGGUGUAGCUUUUUCUAGUCAAUGAUAAAUAAAUAUUAUUUUCAAAUACAAAAUAUGAUCUGUUAUAAGUAGUUUAUUAGAAAUUUAUGGAAAAAUGGUUAAGAUAUUCUGGAAACCAAAAAACUUAGUGUAUUCUUUUUUAAAUAAAAUAAAUACAUUUAAAUUAUGCAUCAGGUCGCUGACUUAUAAUGAACAUAUGAACCAAAGCUACGCCAGUGAUGUUUGCAUGGAACCGAUUUUUUGGUUCGUUGACAAUUACACUCACUUAUUAGGCCCAUUCUUUGUGUGCGGUGUAGCCGUGUUAACUGCAGCUGUAGUUUAUAUUUGUUAUUGGAUUGGUUUGCCUUGGUGGUGGAAUAAAUCACCUGAAAUGACUGUUAUACUACUUAUUAUAGGAAACUGGCUUCUUUUAAAUGUCAUAUUUCAUUAUAUUAUGGCUGUUAUUACACCACCAGGUAAUCCACCUGAGGGUGAACUUGUGGAAGCUGUAACAAUAUGCAAAAAAUGUAUUUUACCUAAACCACCUAGAACACAUCACUGUAGUGUAUGUAAUAAAUGCGUCUUAAGCAUGGAUCACCAUUGUCCUUGGUUAAAUAAUUGUGUCGGAUUUUCAAAUCAUCGAUACUUUUUUCUUUAUAUGUCCUAUACAACAAUUGGAUGUUUAUUUAUUAUAAUUUUUGGCAUUCAAAUUGGCUAUGAAUAUCUAUGGCUUUCAAAUGAGGAAAGUUGGGAAGAAACUGAGCCUUUGAUUGGGCAUCCUGUCAAAUUCAAUUUAACUGGACAUGUGAUUCCUAUUACCGACGUUUUAAACUAUGAAGAUUUAGGUAUUGAACCAAAAAAGCAUGAUUUGCCUAUACCCGUUGAAGGUACAAGAACGUCCUCUGAAAAACGUGCUAUCACAUUUAUGGCUUUUGUUUGCGUCGCUGUUGUUAUAGCUUUAGGUUUAUUAACGCUUUGGCAUGGAAAAUUAAUAUCAAAUGGCGAAACGAGUAUAGAAUCGCAUAUUAAUGCUUCAGAAAGAAAAAGAUUAGCGAAAGUCAAUCGAGAAUAUAUAAAUCCUUACAACUUUGGCACAAAACAAAAUUGGAAAAUGUUUUUAGGCUUAGAGGGUGGAAGGUCAAUAUGGCGACAUGUUUUACUUCCCUCGUCACACAAACCAAGUGGAAAUGGUUUACGAUUUCCAACAAUUCAUGAUGAUAAUAAACAGAAAGAUGAGAGUAAAGAAUGGCCAUAGCUCAAUUAUUUUUUCCGCAAUAAGAGUAACUCGAAUUUUUAUGUUAAAAUUUUUUUUGUGAUAUAUUUAAGUUUUAAUUAUUGAGAGGAAUUAAUCUUUUUUUAAUGAAUUCCAAAUAAUUAUUCUAAACAAUUCAUAUAAUUUAAAAAAAGAAAAAGUUCAAUUAGAAUUAAAUGUUUUUUAAAUAAUAAUUAUAAAACACUUAGCAAUUAAGCAAAUAAUUUUUACUAGAAAAUGUCGAUUUAU